AUGAGAGAAACAAUUUCCCUGGCGAGAACUGCGUUAGCGCGGGAGGAUGUACACGAUCCGCCAUCUCAUCGUCUAGGCCUUGAUGUCCAGCAAAUAAUGCGACAACAGAUUGUAAAUAUGGCUGCCUAUGCACAACUUGAACCAGUUGGAAUUCUCAAUGAAUCGGGUGAACCUCCGCCAAGAAGCAGACGUGUAACCUUCUCCGGUAAUAAUGUAAUUGUGCCAAUCCGAAGCGACUAUGUUGGGCGACAACUGAGAAAUGUUACGGAUAAUGUCAUAAAUUCACCAGUUAGGCAGUCGAGGCGGCGAUAG